UUCGCGCGUGCUUUAUCGGGCCAGCUUCAUUCCCAGCUGUAGAAGAACUCGCCAUCAGCUGGGGGGUUUGCAUCAAGUACCACCUUGGUGGCCAAAACAUCGUGUCAUUUUUUUUUAGCCAACGGGGGGGGACAAAAAGUGCGUUGUGCAAAGUGUUGGAUAUUUAAAAAAACCAAAAAAAAAAAAACCUGCAGAGUGUCUCUUUUGUCGUGGCCAGGCAGGCGACAAAGGAGCAAUAACAUCACAUCGAACCCCCGGCAAACAAAGAGGUCCUUUUCUCAACGUCAACAUUUUUCCCCCAUAUUCCUUAGUGAUGAGUCAUGUGUCCGUCGAGAAUGUCCACGGUCUAGAACAGCAGCUUGCUGUCCUAGACUUGACUGCAGCGGACGGACAAGGUGGCGGCACCAACAGACGAUACAUUCCUCCCCAUUUACGGAACAACGAUGGUCCCAAAAAUGCAGGAAAUGCGUUUGUUGCUGCUCGACAGGGCGGUUACACCAUCGCUCCUGCCGCCGCCUUCGGUUGGGAUGCAAGCCGUGGCAACUUUGUCAACGGCUUCCAUGACAACCGCAUGACUGGCGGCAACACAUAUAACCGUGGCCCACCUCGCAUGGAGCGGGGCCGAGGGGGCUUGGCUGGAGGCGGCUACCGUGGCAACAGGGGCGGAGCCUUCAAUCCCAUCAACACUGCUCAGCCGAUUGCUUUCGGGUUGUACGAAAACAAAGAUGCUGGUGGGUGGAACACCGCCAAGGACGCCUAUAGCAGCUUUGGAAACAACAGAGGAAAGUCUGCAUUUUUCAAUGACCGAAGCAAUGCUAAUCGUGGACGGUUCGACCACGGUGGGUAUAGUGGUGGCGGAGGUGGAAACAGCCGCUGGGUGGAGGAGGUCAGAGAUGACGGAGACUGGUCCAAACCAACGCCACUCAAUGAACGCCUUGAGCAUGAGCUGUUCUCUGCAAGCAACACUGGGAUUAAUUUUGAGAAAUACGAUGACAUUCCUGUUGAAGCCACUGGACAGAACUGCCCUCAUCACAUUGAAAGUUUCCAGGAUAUAGACAUGGGCGAGAUUGUCAUGGGCAACAUUGGGCUGAGCCGCUACACCCGACCUACUCCUGUCCAGAAAUAUGCCAUUCCUAUUGUAAAGUCCAAGAGAGACCUCAUGGCCUGCGCACAGACUGGUUCUGGGAAAACCGCAGCAUUCCUCCUACCAAUUCUUAGCCAGAUCUACGCUGAAGGACCAGGAGAUGCUCUUAAUGCAGCUAAAGCCUCCGGGCAGGAAAACGGAAAGUAUGGCCGUCGCAAGCAGUACCCCAUUUCUCUGGUCCUGGCCCCAACUCGAGAGCUGGCCCUGCAGAUAUACGAUGAGGCCCGGAAGUUUUCCUACCGAUCCAAAGUGCGUCCCUGCGUCGUGUACGGAGGAGCAGAUAUCGGCCAGCAGAUCCGAGAACUGGAGAGGGGGUGUCAUCUGCUGGUCGCGACGCCUGGGAGGCUGGUAGACAUGAUGGAGAGGGGCAAGAUUGGACUGGACUACUGCAAAUACCUUGUUCUUGAUGAAGCCGAUCGAAUGUUGGACAUGGGCUUUGAGCCUCAGAUACGGCGCAUCGUUGAACAGGACACCAUGCCUCCUAAAGGCACCCGGCAGACCAUGAUGUUCAGCGCGACCUUUCCCAAAGAGAUCCAGAUUCUGGCCAGAGAUUUCCUAGACGACUACAUCUUCCUAGCGGUGGGCAGAGUGGGCUCCACCUCUGAGAACAUCACUCAAAAGGUGGUGUGGGUGGAAGAGAGCGACAAGAGGUCUUUCCUCCUUGACCUGCUGAGUGCGACAGUCAUCCCCAGUGAAGUGCAGGACAAUCCUGGAGACAACAUGGAGAAGCCUGGAAAGGACUCGCUGACUCUGGUUUUUGUGGAGACCAAAAAAGGAGCUGACGCCUUGGAAGACUUCCUAUACCGGGAGGGCUACGCCUGCACCAGUAUCCACGGUGACCGCUCCCAGAGGGACCGAGAGGAGGCCCUAAGCCAGUUCCGAUCUGGGAAAUGCCCCAUCUUGGUGGCCACAGCGGUUGCAGCCCGUGGUCUUGAUAUCUCCAACGUGAAACACGUCAUUAACUUUGACCUACCAAGCGACAUAGAAGAGUAUGUCCAUCGCAUUGGACGCACAGGACGAGUGGGAAACCUGGGACUGGCCACAUCCUUCUUUAAUGAUAAGAACGGGAACAUCACUAAAGACCUGCUGGACAUCCUGGUGGAAGCCAAACAGGAAGUUCCCUCAUGGCUCGAGAGCCUGGCUUACGAGCAUCAGCAUAAGAGCACCAACCGUGGACGCUCUAAAAGGUUUGCUGGUGGUUUUGGAGCGCGUGACUACCGUCAGACGGCUGCUGGGAGCAACCCAGGAGGCUUUGGAGGCCGAGGCGUUCGCAACCAGGCGGGACACGUAGGAGCUCGCAACUUUGCAGGAGGUGGCUUCGGAACCUUCUACACCAGCGAUGGCUAUGGCGGCAACUACUCGCACUCUCAAGUUGACUGGUGGGGCAACUAGGUGGUUCUCUCUCUCUCUCUCUCCCUCUCUCUCUCUCUCUCUCUCUCUCUCUCUCUCUCUCUCUCUCUCUCUCUCUCUCUCUCUCUCUCUCUCACCUCCCCACUCAACUUUCUUCCUUUCUCAGCUCUGUCUUCUUCACUCCAUCUGUCCCCUCCAUCAACAUUUAGAACCUAUGUGCAUGCUCUUAAAGUAUUUAUACUCAUGAUAUAGCCCCCCCCCCACCACCACAUACACCCUUCCAUUUCUGGACGAUGUAAUCUAAAUUAAUUUCAUGGUAAAUCUCACAACAGACUACAUAGCAAAAGGAUUCUUCCAUUUCAUUUGGCUACAUUCCCCCUAAGGGGGAAACUUUUCCUUGUGGCACUAUUCAUAUUAGAGUUUUGGCGUCAUCAUGUUUUAGUUCUGCCUUUAACUCAAAGGCACGGAGGCUUCUUGUGGCUCCGCAGCAGCCAUCUUUGUGUUACGUGCAUGGCCACCUUGCGAGUAGAAACCACAGCAUGGAGACAUGAAACUAAGUCAGGCCUAGGAACUGGCUAAGGCCACCAUCUGGAAGAUAAUCUACCAUUUUUUUUAAACUUUUUUUUAAUUUCUUUUUUUAAAAGUGCAGAUGUACAGAUGUCUUAGAAUGAUGUCUAAGACCCAAUAAACUCUUGAGAUGGAAUUUAGUAACCAAGCAAGCAUUUUUUGCCCAUCACUUGAAAAUGUUAGCAAACCGAAUGAUAGGACUUAGGGUGAUAUAAAAAAAAAAAAGAUAAUUUGUUUCUGCACUGUGCCUUCAAGAUUUCAUUCUGUUCUGCAACUAAAACCUAUAUUUAACGUCACAUAUCGGUUUCAACAUGUUCUCUUGAGUUCUCUUUGGAAGGAAACAAGCUAGACUUGAGCUAAAUCAAACCUUGGCAAAACUAAACUUAAAAGAAAAAAAAACAACAAAAAACCUAAAACUGCGCUGAAGAAACUCCUUGAUCCAGUUCCCAAAAGCAUAAAACCUCCUGCUGCAGGAUUUGUGCUUUUAGAAACCUGUUGGGUUGUCAGUCCUGCAGCUCUGCUGUGAGCUUGGAGUCAGGUUCCUCGCAUCGUUGCCAAAAAGUUGGGUUUUCGCGAACCGGGCCACUGAGGGGGAGUCGGGCUUAGCAGUGCAAAUCUGACCUUGCCGCUGCUGUGUUGUUCAAUUCCGUCCAUCAGUGCCUGCGUUUGUCGGGAACCUGACUCCUCCUCCACACACAAACAUGGAAACCCUUGUCGGCCAAACAAAUCUUUCAAGGAGAAACACAACCUAAAAGACUCAAAGAGAUCUAUAAUUCCUUGCUCACUCUAUCCUGGAGAGUCACAUAAAGAGUUUUCUCUUCAGAAAACAAAGUCAUUCCAGUAUUGCUUUGGGUGUUUUGGGUCCGUCUUGGUCGGGGAUGAAGGCACACGUCGAGCCUAAGUGCUUCCCAGCAGGCCAAAAAAGAUUGUUUACAUUUGGAGGUUUGAGAUUGGCACGGACCGUGGUUUCUUUCCAACCACACCAUGACGACGUUCUAGUCCUGCUGUGGACCCUGGCCAAGUCCCCGUGCAUUCCGAGCGUAAAGUCAUCUAAAGAUCUUAAGCGAAUGAUCAUGUAGGUGAUAUGUAAAUAGUAGAGCUCUAUUUAAGAUACAAAGAUAAGAAGAAGAGGAGGUGAAACAUGCUAAAUCACUUUCGGACCAGACAUUUGAUUCCUAACGUUCUCAAAAAAUUGCCCGCUGGCUUUGAUUGGAAGAGCCAGGCUGUGGACCAAGACAAUAGGGCAUAUGCAAGUGUUGUUGUUUUUUUUUGGUCAAGCAAUUCUUUUAGAAAUGCAAAGCAAGUAUCGCGAUUCUCGAGCAGGUUUUAGUUUCGCUCCCUCGUCCCCUGUGUAUUUAAAAAAAAAAAAAAAAAGUGCAUUUCACUAGGAGAAUGAGUUGAGUAGUUUGUUGGAAGAUUUGUGAACAUUUAAAAACGAGUACAAAGCGGCGGUUGUUUAAAGGUAGGAGCUGUAUGAGCUGGUCAUGUAACUGCAAACAAAAUGAUGGACACUCUCCAUCUGUGUGGUGUUAGUUUUUUUUUCACAGGAAACUCUUUCUUUUUGUCCUCGCGGUUUGAUGCAGAUGAAACGAACAAUGGUGACCGGAACUGUGUUGGGUUUGGAUAAUGCUGAACGCUCGACACGAAGUAGAUGAUGCAAAUGACAAUCUGUUUGUCGAGGACUUCAAUCUUUGUUUGAUCGAUUGCACUUUUCCCACAUUUUUGGGUACACCUUCACAUUUUAAGGCCGACGCACCCGUCAGUUUCCGUACCCCGAAACCCCGCCUUCCCUCAUACAGAGCUCGUUCCAACAGAGACCCUUUUUGUGGCUUGCUUGCACUUUGCCAUCACAAACUCCUCGGUGCCUUGCGAUGACUCCGUAGAGACUGAAGUGUGUGUGUGUGUGUGUGUGUGUGUGUGUGUGUUGUAAAGGCUGCGUUUUUCAUUUCACACAGUUGUUCCUUUUUGGAUUGCUUCAGCUGCUGGUUUGAUGUCUCAGAACCUGCAACUUCCACACUGUUCCUUCCUUGCAGGUCAGCCUGCUAUUGUUAGCAUUUCGCUCCGAGCACUUACGGACGUGCCAAUUGCACAGUCGCUGGCUCUGUUGUUGUUUUAUCCCCCCCCGUGUCUGUAAUCGCCAUUUGGUGGUAAGAGUGUGGUCCAUUGCAAUUCAUGAUAUGCCUCAGUUUGUUCUCAACCUUUUGAUGCCUUAAAUUCAAGAGGGAUCUAAUACAAGUGGUAGUGGUUGCACUUUAUACAGUGGAACCAUGACGUUGGUUGUGUCUGGCACCACCGAGGCAGAGAACCCAACGCUUCUGUGGUAACGAGGAACGAUUUAAUGGUGCUAAGCUCCCUUUGCUGCGGCCCGCAGGCCUUCUGUUUGUAGAGACUGAGAAUCCUACUUAGUUUUACCGGAAAGAAGAAAAAGAAAAAACUUCCAACAAAUCCUGUAGCACAGUUCCUUCAACGCCUCUGAAGAGGUGCGUAUGAGUGAAUGUUUUAGUCGUGAAAGGACGACUCUUUCAUAGUGAAGUGUGUGUGUGAAAGGAUGCGAGUCGCCCACCGGUUUGAGUUGUAGUUAAUUAACAAUGGCAAGAUCCAGCUGUUUGCACCCAGAGUUCUCGAGUCUACUAUCGCGCUGCUAGUUUGUGUAAUUUAUCAGACAUUUUUGAGAAAUAUUUAUUUUUAUAAGCCUAGUUCAAAUGUUUAAAGAAAAAAAAGAAAAAAAAAUUACAAGUGACUUGACCAAAAGACAGUGAACAAAAACACUGGCACAUGAAUGUUGAAUGUCAUCGGUGUGAGUGGAAAUUUCUAUUUUUCUGGGGUAGUGUGAGCUUUUUAAUAACCGUGUAAGAGGGUUUCUCUGACUAUGUCAUAUCACAAACUGUUACAGACUCGGCAUCAGCUGAUGUGACAUAUGGAGAGAGGCCGAUUACCUUGAAAGUCUCAUUGGACUCUUAUCAGAUCCACAGACCUGUUUGUAAACAGGUUCAGAUACCAAUCAUAUGAUAUAAUAAUAUAAUAAUACACUGUUAGCAGCCAUUUGCAAUUGGCCAAAACAAUAAUAAUUUGAGAUAAUUCCACCAAAUAUGCCAAGGUUUGGAUUAAAUUGUAAGAAUCAAAAACCAUUUUGUAAAAAAACAAACAAACAUGCAGUAAGAAAAGAAAAAAAAAAAGUGUCCAGAUUCGCUCCAAGUCAGUUUUUUUGUUGUUGUUCAUUUGUUUUGACACUUUUCCUUCCUAUUACUACCCUUUGUGUGAUUGUCUAUUAGCAAGUGGGGAUGUUCAAAGUCUAUAACACAGAGUUACCUGUGGUUCUAUUGCUAUGUUGUUGUGAUCUGCAUAUUUUCAGGCACAGCGCUCACAGCUGAGCGUCCGGCCAGUCAGAAGAAAAAAAAAUUAAAAAUUGGCAAACGACAGUCAAAUUGUCUCGUUUGCCGGUUUUUUUUACCGUUGUAGCUCUUCUGUCGCUGCGGCCCAGAAUGCAAUGCGGCCACAGCGCAACACAUCAGUGAUAUGUCGGGGAGAAGUCUCCCUUUGCAGCCUUUUGUACUCCAAAUGUUUGCAAACAUGCUGGCUCUUUAAGUUGUUUGUAAGAGGCAAUUUGGAGAGAAACACAAAUAGCUACAACAAGCAGACAGAGGUGAAGUGGCGACAACAAAUACUUUUUGGUGUUAUCUCGCCCUUUUUUUCUUUUCUUUUUUUUAAAUUUGUGGCGUUUGCGAAACUAUGUCGCAUGAAGCCUGUUGUCGCCUUCAGUGACUGGCCAGACAGUUCAGCGUGGACACACAGCGCCACCAGCCUGCUAGUUAGUAUUUGCUUUAUGUAUUAGUUUAGCAGUUGUGCACGAAGAGGAGCACUACACUGAGGAGAAAAAAACAAAAACAAUAUUGUGCAUCCGUUGUGAUUUUACCACAAUUAAAGGUUUGGAUUUGCAAAACUA